AGGCUGCGGAAAGUCUAAAGGUCGAACAAGUUGGUCUGGUGAACCAGAAUGUGAAGAUUACAAAACAAUGCUAGAAUUUUUAUCGAAAUCUGGUAGAAUUGGUGAAAAUACCAUAUUACAGAUUCCCAACAUUUCUGAUGUUACAAUAAUAGGUUAUAGUUACGGUUCACUAAUAGCAUCGUCCCUUGCCUCAUCAUCUUCCCAAUUUACGCUCCCAACUUCAUAUGUCUUAAUAAAUUAUCCGCUUUCUGUGAUUUGGUUCUUAACAUUUUUUCGGUUUUCAACAUAUUUAAAUUAUUUACAUAUUCUCCUUUCUUCAACUUCCCGCGUACUAUUUAUAUAUGGGGAUUCGGAUCAAUUUACUGGAGUAAACAAAUACAAGCAAUGGGUUAAAGAUAAUAAAGCGGUGGAAAAUCUUUUGUGGACUAUCAAAGAAUUAAAGGGAACUGAUCAUUUUUAUACUUAUCAUAAUAUGGAAGAUAAGUUGAUCAAAGCUCUGGAUGAAUGGAUAAACAAUGUUUAG